AUGGCUAAGGUUUUUCUCGACUUUGCGAAACAGAUCUCCUCGGAACUCAAACAAUACUAUCAUGCCGAAGGCCUCGAGGAUGUUCGAGUCAUUCGCGACAAGCAAACCAAACAGUCUAGGAGAUUUGGCUUUAUCCGCUUCGGCGCAGUACAAGAAGCGGAAGCUUUCAUGGAUCGCAAUUACCCCAUUCUCUACCUGUAUGGGGACAACAAUAAGUCCAACGGAAGCGCAGCCAAAGUUCGGAUAACAUUCAGUCGAGAACGGAAAGACCCGCGCAGGACUGAGGAACCAGAUUGGAUUUGCGAUUCGUGCCUCAUCAACAACUUUGCAACUCGAGAUCGAUGUUUCCGAUGUCAAGCUGAGAAACCAGAGCAUCCAACCUACGCUAUCCCGACGAAGCCGCCCAACGUUGGCGAUAACGAUGCUUCCCCAGACAACCGCCCCUCUCAAUUCCUUCUGUUACGUGGGUUAGAGCCUUCUGUGUCGGAAGAGUUGCUCGUUAAAGGCGUAUCAAAGCUUAACAAACCAAGCUCAUCAACUCAAAAAGAUGAACUGUCUGCUAAAAAAGGUGCCAAAGUUGCGUCCACCACCGGUGACGCCAAUCUUGGAGCCAAAGAAGGUACAUUGCGCCGAGUGCUGCUUGUCCGCGAUCGAAAAACCAACGAGAGUUGGCGGUAUGGCUUUGCAGAGUAUGCCUCGAUCGAGGACGCACAAGCUGCAUUGACUCGAUACAAUUCUUUUGAGCGAUUCACGAUCGCAUCGAAGCAGGUGCUUGUCAGCUAUAUCCAUGCUGGCGUCUUCGUUCCCGUAUUGAACUCUACUCCUGACACUGAACGCUUCUGCUUCAGCCCCGUGGGCAAUCCCGCUAUGAAGCUGGCAUAUUGGGACGAGGGGGCGUAUGUGAAGGAACUGGCUGUAUCGAUGCCAAACACGAGCUCACAGGAGCCCAAGAAUGGCGCUGCCACACGCACAGAGGCAGGCAGCAAACCAGCCAAAGACACAGAGAAGGCGAAGAAGCGAAAGGCUCAAACAGAGGCGGAGACGAUCGGAGUCAAGAAGACGGUGCCAUCGCACCUCCAGUUCUGGAGUAAUCGUCACGCUGAACUGCAUGGCAUCUCCAAAAGGUCCCAGGCUAGGGACGACUCGAGAUCAACGGAUGGGAAUGAAAGUACGGAGGCACCGCCAUCGCAGUCUUAUGCGGACCCAACUCGACACUGCUGCUAUCUCUGUAUGCGUCAAUUCAAUAACGCGGCAGAAGUCAACAAGCACGAGCGUCUGAGCGACCUACACCGCUCGAAUUUACAAGAUGAAAUCAAGGUCAAAAAGGCAGAGGCGAAAUUAGCGAAACACGGGAUUCAAUUGCAGCCUGUCAUGGCCGCGGCGAAACCUGUGCAUGAAUAUCGCGAUCGAGCAAAAGAGAGACGCAAGAUCUAUGGUGUGGUCAAUAAAAAAGGCGAACAAGUUGGAAACGCACCGAGGUCAUCACGCGCGUCAUCGGAUGAUGAAAGUUCCCAGCCACCUAUUCAGUCCAAGGGCGCCUCAUUGCUGAGCAAAAUGGGCUAUACCGCCGGACAAGGCCUUGGUGCGUCUGGAGAGGGGAUGACGGCGCCGAUAAGUCAAGAUGUCUAUGUUGCUGGAGUCGGAUUGGGUGCUCAAGGCGGCAAACUUGGCGAUGCUGUUGUUGAAGCGGAGCGAAAUACCAAAGGCGAUUACGGUGGGUUUUUAGAAGAGACGCGGCAAAGAGCGAGAGAGAGGUAUGCGAGAAUGGAGUAG